CUCUCUCUCUCUCUCUCUCUCUCUCUCUCUCUCUCUUUCGGAUGGAGAUGUCCAGUUUUGCUCCUCUCAUCGUGCUUGUGUCCUUUCAUUUUGCUGUGACUGCCAAUGCCUUCACAGCUUCAGGAUGGAGUAAAGCUCAUGCCACCUUCUACGGUGGAAGCGACGCCUCCGGAACCAUGGGAGGAGCUUGUGGCUAUGGGAACUUGUACUCGACCGGGUACGGCACCCGAACUGCUGCAUUGAGCACCGCAUUGUUCAACGACGGGGCUUCAUGUGGGCAGUGCUACAGGAUCAUCUGUGACUACACAACCGACUCCAGGUGGUGCAUUAAAGGACCUUCCAUCACGGUCACCGCCACCAAUUUCUGCCCUCCGAACUACGCUCUCGCGAAUGACGAUGGUGGGUGGUGCAACCCACCCCUCCAGCAUUUCGACAUGGCUCAGCCCGCUUGGGAAAAGAUCGGUAUCUACAAAGGAGGAAUCAUACCCGUCCUUUACCAAAGGGUCCCUUGCAAGAAACAUGGUGGAGUGAGGUUCACCAUCAACGGGAGAGACUACUUUGAGCUGGUCCUCAUAACCAAUGUGGCCGAAGCCGGGUCGAUCAAGUCCGUGUCGAUCAAAGGCUCGAACACGGGAUGGACAGCCAUGUCAAGGAACUGGGGGGCUAAUUGGCAAUCGAAUUCAUACCUCAACGGCCAAUCUCUGUCCUUUCAGGUCACAACCACCGAUGGAGUGACUAAGAUUUUCACAAACAUUGCGCCACCAAGUUGGACAUUCGGCCAAACCUUCUCUAGCUCGGUUCAAUUCUAGUUUAACUCAAGAGCGGCUUUGGAGUUCACGGUGAUCGAUUGGACCGGCCGAGGCAUGCUUUAUUUAUUUUCACAAAGAGCAGCCCGCCACAUUUUUAGUUUCUAAUUACAAGACGAGGAAGCAAAAUUUGAUCCGCGAACUCAAGGCUCAAGGAAAUUUCAGUAAUUCUUGAGCCAAAGUAUAGAGCAAAAUGGUUUUGACAUUUAACAUACUCUGUGAUCAUCACAAUUUGUGAAGGUUUGAGGUUUGAUCAAUGUAAUUUGUUGCUGCA